AUGCGGCUUAAGGGAACAAUUGUCCAAGGAAGGGACACCAAUAUUCUGAUAAACAGCCGAGAAAUGUCCAGCAGUAGCAGGAGUUAUGAUGCAGAAUUCAUGCGCAGCAAUACAGGAGCAGAUCAAAUUACAAAAACAGCUGUAGAUUUCUGGAAAAAUGGAAAAGAUCGAGAAGAGAUGAUGCUCAAAGAUUUUGAAAGUUUCAUUCCUCCUAUAGUUUUCAACAGUGAUCAAAGCGGUUUUUCAAAGUCAACUUUGAUUGACAGUUGUCUGCUUGAUGUUUUCAUCCCAUUCCUGCCUCUGGAGUACAAACAUGUUGUACAGUGUGCGAUGGCUGCGAUGAGAGACAAAGGUCUUCAGCCAGAUGAAAAUGUGGCAGACCAGGUGGCCAGAAGUUUAGUCUAUCACCCCAAACUGGAGCGAGUAUUUGCCACGAGUGGCUGCAAGACAGUAGCAAAUAGGGUGCACUUAUACAGAUGA